AUAAAACGCAGUUUAAUUUCGCACGCGCUUUAGGAACGUGUUUUGGUCGUUAGAUUUUCUUAUUUUUCCAUUAUUUCGCCGGAAUUGAGUAACUAUUUGUCAAAUAAAUAAAGCUGAACGUUAAUUUAAUAACAACGAUUGAAAAUAUUAAAGUUUUUUGGGAAAAUUCAUUAACAUUUCUUUUGUUUUUUGAAUAUAAAAAUGGUUGUAGUUUCGUCAACAUUUUCGCAGCCUCUCGAAGGGAUAUUGUUUCAAUCACCCGGUACAAAGCUUUUGGUAAAUGAUCAGGAACUUGGAACAGCUACAUUGUACAUAACGGAAAGCAACGUAAUAUGGGGCGGAGGUGUGCGUCCAAGUGGCGGACCAGCACCGACUAUAUCGCUGUUAUACCCCAGCAUAUCAUUACAUGCCGUACAAAGGGAGCCUUCGCCAGCCUUGUAUAUGGUCCUUAAUUACGAAUUGAGGGUACCAGAGUUUACACAACAGUCAGGAUCAGGCGACGCGAACGAGGAUGAUGAUGAUGAAGAAUUUGACGCUGAUGAUCAACCUAUCACACAGCUUAGAUUUAUACCGCAAAACGAGGGUGACUUACAAGCGAUGUAUUCAGCCAUGAGCGAGGGGCAGUCUCUACAUCCCGACCCCGCAGACGAGGUGGACGAAGAUGACCCUUACAUGGACGGAGAGGAGUUUGACGAAGGAGAAGACGAGUUUGAAGAUGCCAUGGAGAGUGAGAAUAAUCCAGAAGAUGCUGCCGCCAGGAUGCGGCAGCUCAGGAUCGAGAACUCCAACGGGGCACAUUAUGAAGAUGCUGAGGACGAAGCAAUAGGCGAUGACGACGAGUGAUCUUUUUAUGUUAAGUGUAUUUUAUGUUUUGUGCAAAAGUUAUUUGACAAAAGUGAAGUGUGGACGGAAUUUUAUACAUAAUGUAAUUAUGUAUGUACAUGUUUGAGAUGUCAAAUGAUGAUGCUUACUCGUGAAAAGGGUAAUAUUUUUUUGUUCUUUUCAAUUUUUUUUUUAAAUAGCAACGUCGACGUAUUUAAUAAUUUAAAUAAAUAUAAAAUUGAAUUUGUUUUUAUUUUUGACAAUUUUUUGGAGUGCAUGAGCUUUUUUUGGGAUAUUCUGGUAUUAAAGUUUAGAUUGUUUGCGAAAAUAAAAUACGAAAAAAAAAGAAAUUGCUUAUUGAUAUAUGUACUACAUUAUAAUUAAACUUCAUUCCUAAAAUUUAAACUUACACGAUGACAUUAAAAAUAUACUAUGAUCGAGAUUCAAUAUUGCAUUGGUAUAAGGCUGAAUUUGUAUAUUGGAUUGGAUGAGCGGUAAGAAGGUUACCUAUUUCGAAUAAUAUACACUUUUAUUGUAAAUUGUACUCAAAAUUUUUUAAAUGUUAAUGACAUACAUACUUAUGGUCACGUCUAUAUCCCUUGCGGGGUAGACAGAGCCAACAGUCUUGAAAAGACUGAAUGGCCACGUUCAGCUUUUUCGCUUAAUGAUUUUGAUGAGUUGAGUUGAGAGUUAAUGACCAUUUAUGAUAUUUCGAUUGGUUUAGACGCGAUCGGUCCAAUAUAUUGUUUUUCCAGUGGUGCAUUUCUUUACAGACAAAUGAUUUACAUACUUUAGUUUUUAUAUCAACAGUUUGUUUUUUUAACAUCAAAUUUAUUUUAGUUUAGUCGGUUGUAUUGUACAAAUCGCGCCUAAAUGUUUAAUGAUGAUAAAAUUUUACAUGAUUCGUCUGUUCAUUGAUUAAACUCGAAUAUUUUAAGAAAUACCUGUGUGUUAUCAGCUACUUUUUCUUUACAGUUCAGAAAAAUAAUUUUCAUAAUAAACAAUACCGUUUGCAAAUGACAGGUGAUAUAAACCAAAUUAAACGGGAUAUUAUCAAAAUUAUUACAAUUUCUUUUCGUGGCGUGGGCAUGCAUUAUAGGCACUAUUUCAGAUUACGUGAUUCAAGCUGAUUAAAAUUAAGCGCACUUAAAUCUAUUAUAAAAAAAGGUAACAAACCAAUGUUUUCACAAUAUUUGUCUUAAUUUAACCUGUAUUUGUAACAUUGAUUAAUUAUUAACCUAUCUAGUAUUCAAAAGAUGGCAGUUUUGUGCAUUCACACACAAGUUGUAAUUUUCGCUUUUCCCUGAUACAAAAUAGUUUUCAAAAUGCAUUUUGGUUGAAUAUAGAGCAAUCGACUAGUUUUUUAGUUCAAGCACUGGCUAUUAUUAUUUUUGCAUGAUUAAUUAGUAUACAGGUAUAUUUACGUUAAUGUAUAAAUGCUAAAUACACAAAUAUUUAGUGUUUGUGACGCUUUUGUCAAUUGCAAAUGGUCAUUGCAUCAAUUAUGGUAACUUUUUUUUUGGCAAGUGGUCAACAGAUUUAUUGGCACAUUAUUAGAAUAUAAUGGCGAACUGACACUUAAAAUUUUAGUUAGCGAAAGUAUGUAACUACGACACAAGCAAAGAGGUUAUUUCGCAAUAAUUCCACUACACUUCUUUCAGUUGUAAUUUUUAUAACGUUCAAUGUUAUAUAUAGAAUUUGUAUUCUAGAUUUAGUGAUUUUUUAAAUAAAUCAUAUCAAAAUA